UGUUUUCAUUUGCUGUUUCGUAAGGGCUGAUCUGAACGCACUUAGUCCUGAGUCAGCCAACGGGGAUCUCCACUUGUGCUUGAGUCUCAACCCGCUUAAAACGCCGUCCCGUCAUUUUAUAGAGCUUUUCCCCGAACAUGACAUGGAUUUUGGGGCUGUUUGUGAGCUGUUUGCUAUUUGUCCUGUCGUCCGGCGCGGCAGCGAGGCGCAGCAGGGAGAGAGUUUACUACAUGGGGAUCAUUGAGGAUUCAUGGGAUUACGCACCCAGCGGAAAAAACCUGCUUAACGGCAAAACCAUUGAAAACGACGAGGCUGCAUCUGUAUUCCUGGAAGGCGGGCCCCACCGUAUUGGUAGUGUUUAUAAGAAGGCUAUGUUCCGAGAGUAUACAGAUGCUUCAUACAGUCGUUUGGCUCCCCGUCCUAAAUGGCUGGGUUUCCUGGGACCCACACUGCGAGCUGAGGUUGAUGAUGUCAUUGUGGUCCACUUGAAGAACUUUGCGAGUAGGAACUAUUCCAUACAUCCCCAUGGGGUUUUCUAUGAGAAGAAUUCAGAAGGUGCAUUCUACCCAGAUGGGACAUCAAACACCUUAAAGAAAGAUGACUCGGUUCCUCCGGGAGGCAACUACACUUACCGCUGGGAGGUCAAACCAGAGUUUGCUCCCACCGAUGAUGAUGCCAACUGCCUGACCUGGAUCUACCACUCUCACACAGAAGCACCCAAGGACAUUGCCUCUGGACUCAUUGGGGCACUUCUCACAUGUAAAAAAGGAAUGUUAAAGGACUCAGUCAGUUUAGACUCAGUCACAGGGUCAGUCCGCAAUGACGUGGACCAGGAUGUGUUCCUGAUGUUCAAUGUGGUGGACGAAGGUCUGAGCUGGUACCUAGAGGACAACAUUCAGAGGUGUUCUGAGCCAACGGGGGUCAACAGAGAUGACCCAGACUUCGAGGAAUCAAACCUGAUGCAUGCUAUCAAUGGGUACAUGUUUGGUAAUCUGCCCGGAAUUGAGUUAUGCCAGAAUCGUGAAGUAUCCUGGCAUUUGUUUGGCAUGGGCAAUGAGGUAGACGUCCACUCUGCCUUUUUCCAUGGGAAUACUCUGCUGGACCGCGGCCACCGCACUGACACCCUCAGCCUUUUCCCAGCCACAUUUGCUACAGCCAAGAUGAUCCCUAAAGCAAAAGGAAAGUGGCUGCUGACCUGCCAGGUUAAUGACCACCUGCAGGCUGGGAUGCAGGCCUUUUAUGAGGUGAAGUCAUGUGACAGUGAUCCCGGCUCCACAGCGAUGAGUGGUGUUGUGAGGAAUUUCUACCUGGCAGCAGAGAAAGUGUUGUGGAACUAUGCUCCCUCAGAAAUGGAUUUAAUAAACAACGUAUCUCUUACUGAAGCAGAAAGUGAUUCAGAAGUGUUUUUUCGCCAUGAUUAUGGAGGGAUUGGAGGUAGCUACUACAAAGUAGUUUACAGAGAGUACACAGACAAUACCUUCACCACUGAAAAAUCAACACCCAAUCACUUAGGAAUCUUGGGUCCAGUCCUAAGGGCAGAACAGGGAGACACUCUCGAAGUCACAUUCAUGAAUAAGGCUGACAGAAACUACAGCAUCCAACCUCAUGGCCUUUACUAUGACAAACAAUUCCAAGGAAACAGUUAUGAAGAUGGUGUUGACAAGCCAGGAUCCCACGUUGGUCCAGGGGAGAAGUUCACCUACACCUGGCAGGUGCUGGAAGGCCCAUCUGCCUCUGAUUCUCAAUGUAUUCCCUAUCUGUACUUCUCUGCCACUGACCCUGCCAAAGACACCAACUCUGGAUUGGUUGGACCUCUGCUCGUGUGCAAGAAAGGAACGCUGGGGGAAAAUGGCAUCCAGGGUGUGGAUAAGGAGUUCUUCCUUCUUUUUUCUAUCAUGGAUGAAAACCUCAGCUGGUAUUUGGAAGAAAACAUCAUGGAAUUUGAGGGAAAAGAAGACUAUGAGGACUUUGAGGAGAGCAAUAAAAUGCACGCUGUUAAUGGACUGAUGUAUGGGAACCUUCAGGGACUGGAGAUGUGUGCAGGGGACAAUGUUAUGUGGUACACCUUUGGGCUAGGCACGGAGACAGACAUCCAUGGCGUUUAUUUUGAGGGAAAUACCUUUAAAAAACAAAGCACAACACGAGACACUCUCACCCUGUUCCCUCACAUCACUGCAUCUGUCGCCAUGCAGCCAAACACUCCUGGUGUGUAUGAAGUAAGCUGCAGAACAACAGAUCACUUCUCAGCUGGCAUGAGGGAGCUGUACAAAGUGAAAAUCUGCCCAGGAGAAAAACACAAGAGUAUGCGUUCUGAGCCAUCCAAGAUUGUGCAGUAUUUUAUCAGUGCUGAAGAAAUAGAGUGGGACUACUCACCUACAAGAGACUGGGAGCUUGAGAAACACCACUCCCACAGCAGAGGAUAGGCGAAUAUAUUUGUUGGUAAAGGGAAGAACCAGAUUGGCGCUCGCUACAAGAAAGUGGUAUAUCGAGAAUACACUGAUGAAUCCUUCAAAGUUCAAAAGACACGACAGCCUAAUGAAGAGCACUUAGGCAUUCUGGGUCCAAUAAUCAAAGGAGAGGUAGGAGAGCAGAUAGUGAUCACAUUUAAGAACAAAGCCAGCCGGCCAUACUCUAUUAGUGCACAUGGAGUGAGGGCCAGUGGUGCACAUAUUCCUGUGAAUCCUGGCCACAUUAUUGAACUGACUUGGGAUAUUCCUGAAAGCUCUGGUCCUGGGAUCUCAGAUCCUAACUGCAUCACCUUUGCCUACUACUCCACUGUCAACUUCAUCAAGGAUCUGUACAGUGGUCUGCUGGGGCCUCUGGUAAUAUGCAGGCCUGGGACCCUGCAUGGUGAGGGGCCUGAUAGACAAAGAAGUGACAUAGAGGUGGAGUUUGCUCUGCUCUUUAUGAUAUUUGAUGAAAACCAGUCCUGGUACCUGAACGACAACAUCAAAACAUACCUCAAUGUUGACCCAGGAACCUUCGUGACAAAUGAUGGCUUUAAGGAGAGCAACAGGAUGCAUGGGAUAAAUGGCAAACUGUACGGUAACCUCCAUGGACUGGUGAUGACACAAGGCCAGAAAAUCGACUGGUAUCUUCUAGGCAUGGGCAACGAAAUCGACAUGCACACUGUUCACUUCCAUGCUGAGACUUUCAUCUACAAGACGGACCGUGUGCACCGUGCAGAUGUCUUUGAUUUGUUCCCUGGGACUUUCCAGACUGUGGAAAUGGUGGCUGGAAAUCCAGGGACAUGGCUGCUCCAUUGUCAUGUCACUGACCACAUCCAUGCAGGGAUGGAGGCCACUUUUACCAUCAAGGAAAGCAGAUCUACACACGCUACCAUUCCUGCUGGAGCACAAGAAACUCAAGUUUCCAUAAAAACACUGCUGCUCUCACUAGCACUUGGCCUGCUAGCUGUUGGUCGACUACACUGGUGAAACACUCCGACAUUUAAAAAGUAGCUGUUGUAUGCAUUUGCUUUAUCUUAUUUAUGUAAAUAUGAAGCACUGCAAGGUGAAAUAUUUUCUUAAAGAUUUUUCUACUUCUACAAAGAAAAAAAAAAAAAACUUGUGUUUCUGUCUUGUGCAUUGAAAAUAGUAAAUAAUAGGUUUGUUCAAAGAGGUGUGGUACUAAAUAUGUAACAUUUCUUAUGAAUGUGCAAUAAAUACAUUUAUUUAACCGUU